AUGUCGAGCUUUUCAAACUGGAAGUCUACUCGUCGUUACGGCGAUUCGUCAAAAAAAGAUAAGGCAGCUGCACUUUUCGAUUCUGUAUUUGCUAAUCAAUCCAAAGCAUCUACUUCAUUGGGAAGGCCUCUAGAUUUAGAUCCUUCAUCGAAACCUGCAUCUCCGAAGAGGGAUCAAACUCAUAGUGAAAUAAGUACACCAAGUCCAUCAAGCAGCUCGUUUCUUUCUCCGACGGUCAGUAUUCCAGACUUUGAGAAGUCUGAUGAAAGUGGCGAAGAAGAGGGCAGUGGCAGCAAGUUUGGAAAUAAUUAUUCAUCCACAUGCGCACUAAAUAUCUCUAUGACGCAUGCUAGAAUUUCUGAUGGUAAAUCCCCCAGUUCAUCACCUACCAAGCAGUCUUCUGACUCAGAUGCAGAUCAGCAGAAAACUGUGGUUCCGAAACACCAUUUUACUGAAUCUAAUCCGCAGCGUAGUGAUGUUUUUUGCUUUGAAAUAGAAGAUGAAGAAGAUGAAGACAAUGAAGGUAGCAAUGAGAUAGCUCCUCAAGCGAAACGUGCAAAACCGGAAGAAAAAUGUACUAUUUCUCAAGAAAAAGUGGAAACUUCUGGAAAAGAAUAUGCGCUGGGAAUUAAAGCUGCGUAUAAGCACAGGUGGAUGUUGGAUGACGAUGAUGAUAAUGACGAUGUUGGGUUACUUUCGAAACACUCAAAUGCGGGUUUAAUAACUACUAAAGCAAAAGACAAUAGUACGGCUACUCCAGCAAAUGUAAGUACCGUUGGUUCGUCAGGUAUAAUAGAUCGUAGUAGGAAAGGCGAUCGAGCACAUGUUUGGAUUCGAGAUGUAAAGGAGGCACAUGAAUGCUUGAAGUCGGGUGAACAGGAUGAUUUCAGUGACGAUGUGAAAUAUAUUUUGAGUACUCUUCUGGAUUCAGCGUCAUCGAACAAUCUGAAAUGUUUAAGCAUCAUAUCACUGGCCAAGAAAUGUGUUUCGAGCGAAUUCCGGCGAUUUUUCCGAUCUAACAAUUUGAUCAGUCGGACACUGAAGGCAAUUCCUGACUCACCAAAGUCACCUAGUUUGGCACUUUGUAUCUCAGUGGUUGUUUAUUUGUUAUCUCGCGAUACCACUUCUGUAUUUGUUGAUGCACCUGCGCUUCGUUUGUUCAGUCAGCUGUUAAAAUUGGAGAAUCCAAAUCUGAGUGAAGAAUGCAUGAAAUAUUCGAAAAUGGUGAUGGAUGUACUGAAGGAGUGGUUGGAAAAAUCAUUUGCAAAUACAGAAUCAAAGAAAGUUCAAUUUGAUAUUACGGAAAAAACUCUUUCGCCUUCGUUUCUGAUUUUGGAGUCGCUUGUUUACAUAUGUGCGCGUAAACAUCGUGAGCAGUCAUUGCAAAGUGAACUGUUGAACGUGGGCAUACUUCAGUGGAUCGUUUCUAAAAUGGACAAGACAGUAUUGCGCUUGUUGCAUGAGAAGAUAUCGGAUGAGGAUAUGCUUCUCUGCUUGAAAGUCCUUGAACGAUGCUUCAGAGUACUCGAAUCAGCAACAGUCUGCAAUGAAAAGAACGGAGCAUAUUUGAUUAGCCAUCGAGGGAGCGCCCUCAUCCAAUCAUGCGGAAGGCUCAUGUCUUUGCUGUUUCGAACAGUAGGACGACUUGGUGACGAUAUCAAUGAAUUAAAGGAGCAAAAUAUUACAUGUUUAAAUCGAAUGGUUGGAUUAUUGAUGAGUUUAUCAUAUGAAAAUGAAUUAUGCUGCACGAAAUUGGGUCAGAUGAAUGAUUUUCUCUCACUUUGCGUAUCCUGCUUCACCUAUUUGGUGCCAAAGUAUGUUCGCAGGGAGAAGCAAUUUGAUCUCAUCGUGUUGCUGUGUAGUCUUUUGGUCAAUUUGCUUGAACGCUGUAAUUUUAACAGACGUAAGUUGAUUGGACUUACAGUUCCAGUUUAUGAUCUCGAAAGUAGAACAGAAAGACAGGAACCAACACUGAAGGCCCUUAGUCAGUUAUUUGUGUAUCACGAAUCAUUGGCUCGUUCAAUUGAUGAGGAACUCGAUAAUGAUCUUGUUAUUGAGGAUGCUCCAGAUGAUAGUGUUAGUCAUGAUGAGGAGAUAGAAGAUGAUGGUCGGUUGCAUCGAUUGCCAACGGAAUUAUCCGAGGAUGAAAUGGUUGAAGCUGUACAAAAUGCCAUGAAUAAGGCUAGCUCGCAUAUGGAAGACUCAGUUUUGGCAUCGUACUUCGCACUUUUGAUUGGGUGUUUAUUAUUGCAAAAUGAGGAAUCAGUACAUAUAGUAAAAGCAGAAAUGAAGAACGGAAAGUUGGUUGCACUAAUUGAACAGCUUCAGCGCUUUCUGGAAUUUAUCAAAUUAACGGAUGGGAAGAAAGCACACGUUCGCUUUAUGGAACGCAUCAUUGAUUUACUCGAUACAUUGGACAAUUAG